AUGAAUCCGGCGAGCCUCACCACUGGUGAAGAUCCCCCUCCCCUGCCCCUCCCUCCUGACCCUCCUGACCCAACCUCAUCUCUUUCCCCUGUCCAAUUUCCUCCAUUAGGUACCAAACCCCCAACACUUCCUCUUCCUCCAAAAGCCUUAUCCUCCCCCAAAACUGGGAAUCCUGCUCCAACUACUGAAACCUUGUUGUCUCAGUCAAUCUUGACUCGGCCUUUAGAAAUUUUGUCUAAGUCUGUAACUUCUACUACUCCUUCACCUACUGUUGGAGUUGAAAACACUGGUCCAAAUUUGGAACCAAUGGCUACUGUUACAAGUGAAUCUCUUGUCCCUUCUCCACUAGAAAUUGAAACCUUGACUGAUAAAACACUAAACUCUCAAAACCCUAAUCCUAAAUUCACGGUUCUUCCUCCACAGAACUCCUCCCCUCUUAACACAAAUAAAGCCUCCACAACUAACCCCAAACCCGUGUCUACUCUUGUAGAUGUGGAGAUGGCUUCCCCAACCCCCCAGUACCAACCUCUACUUCAAACCUCUCUCCAGUAA